AUGAAGAGAUUUUAUCCUGUAGUUCCUUCCGAGCCUUCACAACCAAGUUCAACACCUCAAGAAUCAUCUAACUUGGAAGAAACAGUCGAUGAAUCAGAACAACUUCCACAAAGUGAAGGAGUUAAUUUAAAUCGUUUAGAGACUGAUCCAGGGAAAAGAUUAGCAAUUCGAAAAUAUCAUCCAAAUGACCGUGAUGCAUCAAGAAAGAAGUGUGAAGAUUUGAUGAAACAAAAACAAUCCAUUCAAAGUGCACUUGCUAAACAAUCUGAUCAACAAAAGUUAGAAUACCGAACUCGUUUAGAAGCUACAAUUGAUGUGAUAAGAUAUUUUUUGAAUCAAGGAUUAUCAUUUCGGGGACAUCGUGAAGGUGAAUCAUCUUUCAAUAGAGGUAACUAUAUUGAACUUCUUACAUGGUACGCAAAGCGAUGUAAAGAUAUUGAUGAUGCGUUUAAAAAAGCUCCAAAAAAUAAUCAAUUGACUUCUCCAUAUAUUCAAAAGGAUAUUAUCACUGCAUGUAAGAUAGAAACAAUUAAGAGUAUCAUUAAGGAUAUAAAUGAUGAUCACUUUUCAAUAUUAGUUUAUGAAUCUCGCGAUGUAUCAUGUAAGGAGCAAAUGGCUAUUGUUCUGCGUUAUGUUGAUAGGAGGGAAAGUGUGAUGGAGCGCUUUAUGGGCAUUGUUCAUGUUCGUGAUACUACAGCUUUGUCGCUAAGGAAUGAAAUUGUUAGUUUACUUACUAAACAUUCUUUAAGUCCAUCUUAUAUACGUGGACAAUGCUAUGAUGGAGCAAGCAAUAUGCAAGGUGAUUUAAAUGGUCUUAAGAUCUUAAUGCAAAAAGAAAGUAGAGGUGCUCAUUCUAUUCAUUGUUUUGCUCAUCAACUUCAAUUAACUCUUGUUGCGGUUUCUAGAAGAUGUGAUGAAGUGCAAGAACUCUUAUUGUUGGUUUCUGAUAUAUUUAAUAUGGUGGGAGCUUCUUUCAAGCGUAGAGAUGAACUUCGUGAAUCUCAAGCAGAAGAAAUAGAAGAGGCAUUACGUAAAGGUGAGCUUGAAACUGAUAAGGGCUUGAAUCAAGAAUUGGGUCUUGCUAGAGCUGGUGAUACACAAUGGGGUUCUCAUUACAAAUCCUUUAAUAAUUUUAUCCUUAUGUUUGGCUCUAUUAUUGAUGUGCUUGAUGCUAUUGCUGUUAAUGCACAUUUUAGAAGNUUUAACAGGAUAAGAUGUUACCCUUUAAGACAAAUUAAAGGGUCUCGUUCACCAUGUUUAAUGCUUUCAUUUUGUACUCAAUUGUUCUAUUAA